AUGACAAGACGACUGAUCCCUGACGAUCUAACCGGAUCUCAACAACAGAACCUAUUAGCUCAUAUCCAGGCUGACCGAGAGAAGAUAGCCAUGACGAUAUAUCGGAGAAGGGAUCAAUGUGCGAACAUUGUUGGGUUCUUACACCUGAAACUUGAAGGGGAAGAAAAAGAAAUACGGAUUGAGCUGGGGAAGGUGUUCACGAUAGGAAGAGAUCCAGAAUGCGAUUUGGUAGUCAACAAUCGGAUGAUAUCGAAUUUACAUAUCAGACUAUACGCCGUCAAAACCACUACGGACCUCUCAUUAGCGAUCCUUCAUGAUACUUCUUCAAAUGGCUAUAUCAUCAAUGGCGAACAUGCCGGUCCGGGUACCAUUACCAAGAAAGUAGGAGAUAAGGAGAUUAACUCUAGGCUGAGGGUCUUGAGGGAAGGCGAUGUACUGCAGAUACCUGGAUAUAAUGGCGUAUUCACCUACUCCCACCAUCCUCAAGCGCAAUACACCACUCCUUCUUCUCAAGUCAUGAGCCGCCAUCUACAAUUAUUUCCCUCUUCCGAUCCCUCCCUGACAUUACCAAUAGACCCAUGGAUCAUCCACAAUUAUCCAUUGGGUAAUGGUACAUGGGGUAUAGUCAAUAUUGGAACUCAUCGGAAAUCUCAGAACCUCGUACAGGUAGCUAUCAAAACCAUUCGACCCCAUCAUCCCCAGAGGGAGUAUGCAAGACUGGUAAAAUUCGAGAUCAAAGUGCAGAGAUCAUGCGAUCAUCCGAAUAUAUUGAAAUUGCUGGAUUAUAUCGUCGAACCAAGUCUAGAAGAUGACUACGAAGAUGAUGGCGGCGAAGAAGAGUACAAAGAAGGGAAGAUACAUGUCGUGUUGGAAUUAGUAGCUGGGGGAGAUCUGUGGUACUACAUUGAUAAACAUCGUCAACUCCAGGAAGACGAGGUGAGGUGGAUUGGAUGGCAGCUUAUAAGUGCUUUAAAGUACUUGCAUGAGAUGGGGAUAGUACAUCGAGAUGUCAAACCGGAGAACAUCCUCUUACACACCUCCUGUGCCUAUCCCCGUAUCCUCCUGGCGGAUUUCGGCACCGCGACCAGUCAAACGAGACUCCUCUCCACUCUCGGUCGUCAUACUGGAAGCCAUCUAAGAAAGGUCAAUGAACAAGGCACAAUUGAUUACUUUCCUUACGAUCGUCUAGUAGCUUUGAGAGAAGAAUACCAUGCAGGAGUUACGAUGGAUUGCGGGAGUAGGAAGGAGGUUGGAACAAAGUGGUGGAGGGAAGAAAGAGGAUUGGAUAUUUGGGCUACAGGAGUCACAUUGUACCUCUGCGCAGCGUAUUCACCACCAUAUUCAUGCAUCCCCCUUCCUCAGGAAUCAUCGGUUGAACACAGUCAAUACGACAUUCGCGAUACACAUGUUCGUAAGGACAAGGCGGGCGAUCUGUCUGAAUUGGAAGAGGAUAUCGAAAUGGACCAUUCUCCGGAGUCUGAUUCAGACCCAUUUCAAGGGAAUCGGACUCAAGAUCUACUAGAUGAUGAUCCCAUCGAUGACUUUCCUUCACCGCCAUCAUCAAUAGGUAUGAGAAUGCUUCUGGGCGACAAUCUGGAGAAACGUCUAGACGAGACGAAGGUAGAUGAAGCAUCGCCAUCGGCUAAAAACCGACAGAAGAGGACAACGACAAGAAAGAGGUACGAUACUCCUUUAUCCAGAAUGGAUACAGCUAUACCUCUUACGCCAUAUGUCGGAAGAGAGGAUACUAUCACGCCUCACGAUCAAGCAAGAGAAGAAACGGCUGUUACUAAGGUGAAAGAGGAGGAAAUACAUCAAUACGACAUGUUGAUCAGACAGAUUGAGAUUUUCAAGGCUAUGCAAUACGAUGAAUGGCCUUGCGAUAAGCCUCUCUGGUCGGAAUGGUCUCAAGAAGGUCUCGAUUUCAUUGAUAAUUCACUUCAUCCGAAUCCCAUCCAUCGCAUUCAAUCACUUACAGCUCAUGAUCAUCCCUGGUUCACCAACAACAGGGACGAGCUGGAAGAGAUCUACCAGAAAGUAUUGGUGAAAGGGGAAGUGAUCAGAUGGCUAUUAUGA